ACAGAACACGACCUCAUGAUUAACAAAACCGACCAAAUGUUUGAAGACGACGAGAUUAUCACCGUCUCGUCCACUGGCACAAUGACUCCUGCAUCAAAUCGAGAGCCCACCAUCACGAUCUUGAUUGACAUUGAGAAUUCCCAAAAGUCUUUCGGAACACUCCUGCAGAUCAAGAUGCGUCGAAGUAUGCCUUUCGGAGUGCUCGUGGAAAUGCUCAAAACCAAGUUCAAGAACAGAGAAAACUACUUUCUUCGCUUGUGGGCGGUUUCGGACCCACGAGCUAUUGGGCCAUGGUCGACCGAUGACUGGAGAAUAAUCUUCGACAGUGAUACUCCUGAUNCAUGUAUGAGUUUCUGCCCCCAAGAUAUCGCACUUUUGCUAACUACGUGUGUUCUUGCUCAGCUGGAACUAGAAGAUCGCGCAAAGCUUCGAUUCCAGUACGAAUUCGGCGUCGAGGCUAUUGAUGUAUCAAAUCUGUUUCUUGAGACAGAUUGA